CCGUCUGCCUGUCACCGCUUGCCUCUUUGUUCAAACUGAUUUUGCUUCUGUCCCUCAGUGUAGCUGCUGGCGAGGAGGUGGACGGAGGGAGCACCUUGUUGUGUGCGUGUGUGCGCGCGCGCAUCCAUUCCGAUAUCUGUGUGUGAGGAUGAACGGCGCACAGGCUGCUGCUCAGUGAGGAGAGGAUACUGCUGAAGAAGCAGUGAAAAGUCCAAGACGAGGAGCGCUUGUGCACACGCUCACCGCCAGUCCAUUCGGUCCCUGCGAAGCGCCGUUUCACCCUUGCUUCGUCGUUUGCCGUCUUUGCACCCUCUGGGAGCUUUGGAGAACACAUGCACUGAAGCGCAAGGCUAUCCGCGCACAUUCCGGAGGACUGCACCACCGAGACACAUCUCGUUUUGUCAGAUAAGGUCCAGGAUGGUGCUCACACAGUGUGCUGCUCAGCAGCAGAUCAUCUUUUCUCUGAUGCUGUUGUUCUCUUUAGGCCUGGGUGCAUCCUCCUCCAUAGUAAACAUGCGUAGGAUCACCCAUCCUACAGUAAGAGAAACACUGGCAGGCAAAGCCGUCCUCCCCUGUGUCUUCACCCUCCAGACCAUCUCCUCCAGCCAGCCUCCUCACCUUCUGUGGACUCACAUCAGGCUCCCAGCAGGAGGACAAGGUGCCCCUCUGGAGCAGACUGUGCUUUCAGCUAAAGGUGAUGUAAUCAAGGUGAAUAAGGCUUUCAGUGGCCGCGUCAUGCUGCCCGGGUACGCUGCCAAUCCUCUGAAUGCUACCAUGGAGCUCUCCAGUCUCCGAACCAGCGACUCAGGCACUUACCACUGUCAGGUUGUCAUGGGCAACGACUACGAGAGAGACACUGUGCCGCUGGUGGUCUCCGGUGUGGUGUUUCAUUACCAGGCUCCCAGUGCUCGUUACGUCUUCUCGUUUUCUGACGCACAGCGGGCGUGCCAGGAAAACUCCGCUCAGAUCGCCACACCAGCCCAGCUGUGGGCGGCGUACUACGACGGCUUUGCCAGCUGCGCAGCCGGCUGGUUGGAUGAUCAGACUGUCCGUUAUUCUGUCCAGCUGCCAGAGCUUGGUUGCUAUGGACACAAGGAGUACUCCGCUGGAGUGAGGAAUUAUGGGAAAAGGGACCCGAAAGAACUGUUUGAUGUGUACUGUUUUGCAAAAGAACUGGACGGUGAGGUGUUUCACUCCUCAGUCCCUGGCAGGCUGUCGCUGUCUUCAGCCUCAGACCGCUGUGUGUCCCUUGGGGGGCAGCUGGCCACGGUAGGGCAGCUUUAUCUGGCCUGGAGAGCCGGCCUAGACAGCUGCGCCCCAGGCUGGCUGUCUGAUGGCAGUAUCCGCUACCCAGUGACCUGGCCUCGCCCAGACUGCGGAGGGAGCCUGCCGGGAGUCCGCACCAUCACACCUAAUGGCACCAAUGACAAUGCCACAGCGCUAUAUGAUGCCUACUGCUACAGAGGUAAAGUGACGAAUACGGGCUUCAUCUCUCAGAUCUACACCUCCCUGUGGAAGCCCUGGAGCUACCUCACAGACUCAAGUGAAGCUGAGCCCACAGGGACAGAUAGUCCCGACCUGACUACACAGCAACCCACCACUACCAGAGGGCCCUCAGACAGCACUGAUGUUUCACCUUCCAACUGGACAGGAUUAGUUGAUCUUGAAGAGGAGGCCAGUCUUCACAGCACUGAUGACUCCAUAUCUGCUUGGUCCUCUGAGUCCUCUGGGUCCUAUGUGACUGUCCAGCUAAUCCCAGGGCAGAGCACCCUGGACUGGGGAGAGCCCCUGGAGCCUGGCCCUGACUCCGAGGAGUUUCUGCGACCCCCAGUUCACCCAACUCCUGCUGACAAGAAGGUGAUCUCAAAGAUUGUGAAAUCCAUCUGGAAGCCUUGGAACUACCUAGUGGGGAUGGGAGAUGAGGAGGGAACCCAAGCGCCAAGUGGAGAGGAGACAACCGCGGAAAAGACUAAUGAAAAACCAAAUCCGUCCAGAACGGCAUCACCAGUGCCCUCCAGUCCACCCCCAGCCAGUGAAGACUCCCCCACUCCUCUGGCAUCUACUCUAGUCCCCUAUAAUAUUUUUAUGACUACAGAGGAGGCCAAGAGCUUGGAGAAUUCAGAGACACACAUUCCCACCACCUCCAGCUCUGUGUCUGAAAUCACCUCACCCAGCAGGGAAACCUGGGUCCAGGUUGAAGUGGAGACCACAACCCAGCUGGGUGGUAAAAGGGAGGAGACUGUGACCUCCAGAGCCAGCGGUCGAGGAGGCAGAGGAAGGGGGAAGAAGAACAGAGGGGAAGACAGAAGCAGAGGAGAAGAGAAGGGGAGAGGAGAGGAGAAGGAGAAAGGAGAAGACGAGGGUAGUGGAGAAGUCACUGGUGCAGAAGCAAAAGGGGAGAUACAAGUCUCACAACGACCUGUUGAAACAGGAAAACCCAGAGAAAGAUCCAGAGAGAGAUCUAGAGAGAGAGGCCACAGGAAAGGACAGUCUACCACCACCACCACAACUACCACUACCACUACAACUACCAGUCCUGUGGAGCCCUCAGUGAUGACAGCAGCUGGGUUAGACAGUGCUGACUUUUCUACAUCCAAAUUAUUGUUUGCUUUACCAGCAGACACCCCAACACCAUCUGUCUCACCAGAGGAGCUGUAUCAUACACCAUCCUUAUCUCCAUCCCCAUCACCAUCAAUCUCACCAUCCCUGUCCAUCUCAGCGUUUAUGUCCGUCUCUCAAUCAUUCCCAUCCGAGUCCCUGACUGAAUAUCAAACACCCUCCUCGCCCUCAUCUCUUCCUUCUUCCUCCACCCUAACUCCACCAACCUCCUCACCUUCCUCCCCUUCCCACCCCCCAUCGGUUGCAUCAGGAAACCCAGCUCCAUCUCCUCCCUCAGACAACCAGGACAGCGCCACUAACCUAACAUCACUUCACUGGGUCCCAGUGGAGAAUGCAACUCUGAACCAUUCUUUGGAUUAUCCUCCAUUAUUAUCGGGUCCCCCAGAUGAAGAGGAUCACACCUGGUCUCACUCUGUGGGGUCAGGGUCUCUGUUACCUGGCAACAUGGAGGAAGAAAGCAGCAGAGGGUCUAACAUCAGCGCUGCAACACUGGGCCCAACAGUCGAGGUGGAGCCCUGCGUGACUAACCCGUGUCUGCAUGGAGGAAAAUGCCUUCCUCAGGGAACGGGCUACAGCUGCUACUGCCCGCAAGGAUACACUGGGGAGAACUGUGAGAUUGACGUUGAUGACUGCCAGUCUGAGCCAUGCAAAAAUGGAGGCACUUGCAUCGACAAGAUUGAUUCAUUCCUCUGCCUUUGCCUUCCCAGCUACGGAGGAGACACAUGUGAGAAAGACAUAGAAGGUUGUGAGCAUGGUUGGAGGAAGUUCCACGGCCACUGUUACAGGUACUUUACCCACAGGCACACCUGGGAGGAUGCAGAGAAAGACUGCAGAGAGCACAGUGCCCACCUCAGUAGCGUCAUCUCGGCUACUGAGCAGGAGUUUAUCAACAGUCUGGGUCAUGACAACGCGUGGAUCGGGCUUAAUGACCGCACAGUGGAGGAGGACUUUCAGUGGACUGAUGGAAAUGAUUUGGUGUAUGAGAACUGGAGGGAGAGCCAGCCGGAUAACUUCUUUGCUGGUGGCGAAGACUGUGUGGUGACCAUUGCCCAUGAAGAUGGCAAGUGGAAUGACGUGCCUUGCAACUACAACCUGCCCUACAUCUGCAAGAAAGGCACAGUGUUGUGUGGGACGCCACCCACAGUGGAGAAUGCUCAUUUGAUGGGUCACAGGAAGUCACACUAUGACAUCCAUUCGGUGGUACGUUACCAGUGCUCUGAAGGCUUCUACCAGCGUCACAUCCCCACCGCUCGCUGCCGGGCUAAUGGGAGCUGGGAGAGACCCAGGCUCAUCUGCACAAAGUCCCGGCGAUCACACCGCUACAGGCGCCACCACCACAACCAGCACCAUGAACGGCGCAGCCACAGGAGACACAGAGAGGGACACAAGGCCAGAGAGGACACACACAGCUACUACUGAACCAAAUAAUACAUCUGCAAUGUCUAGGUGCUAACCACGGCCCAUAAAGAAAGACAGCAGUUCACAUCGCUCCCGUUUCCUUUCAGCCGUGCGCUCUGACGACUGAGGGCUUCUUACUCUAACAUACGUUUUUUUGCGCUAACCCCAUCACUGAGUUUGGGUGUUCUGAAGCUUCUUUGUUUUCACCCUGCUUUCUUUAACCGAGGUCCACACGAACACUAACUACAAGACUAACUCUUAUUAGCACCCACCCUCCCUAACAUAAAUCCUCCACCUGUCCAACAGCGUGUGAACAUGUGCGAGCGUACGCAUGUAAGAGAGAAAUGUAGAGAAGUGCUGAGUCACCUUUUUUUUUGUAAAAGUUUGCUUAUUCUACAUGAAAAACGACUUUUGUCCUUGUGUUCCGUUUACAAAGCACAGAUGUAAUUGAUGCAAGAUAGCAGUUAGUCCCUGGUAACCCUCAGCUUUUGUAUGUGUACUGUAGCUGUUACUUUCUCCUCUGAGCAGCAGUUUUGUUUUAUUCUACUGACAUGCUUUUUUCUAAUGUUCGCUAUGUUUUCGUGUAACACUACUAUUUAUUAUGAAACAUUUACUAGUGAACGUGUUGUUUUUUUUUACUUCAGUGAGCCGAUGUAACAUCAUUUUUCUAUACCGUUACAUAAGUCCAACAAUCGAUCAGUAACAAAAUUAACCAUUUGAUUGCCUCUAAUCUUUGUGUUGUAAAUAUUGUGGUGUUUGUGAUGGGCUGAUCCUUGAUCAAUAGCUGGACCUUGUCCAAUCAAAUAGACUCCCCCCAUGCACAUGAGCACUCACAGCUAAUGAAUACAUCCUACUGACACAAGAUAGUUGGAUGGGAUUAUACUCUGUUGAGAUAACCAUUUGAUUGUAUCUGAUUUGCUAAAUACUUUCAAUCUUUGCACGGCUAUAUUUACACAAUGGGUAGAAUGUCACUAUUCUUUGUCUUUGGUCCCUUUGAUAUUUGGUCAAUCAUCCACUUUUUUCGUGUUCUUAUGACUUUUUGUCCUGCUGUUGUAUUUCAUUCUUAAUAAAGUUUAAAAAUG